CUCACCAAUCGAGUUUGUAAUAGAAAUACUUUGUCUGGAGUCUAGUGGACCCUCUCUAGAUCGAGUCUAGAUUAGAUUCUAGAUCUAGAUCUCAGUAUUUCAUGUUAUUGUUGAAGAAUUUUUAGAAUAGUCAUCAUGGCCGUUAGACCUACUGAGUUAUAAAAUAAAUGUGCACCAAUAUUAUUUCAUUAAACUGAAAACGAGUAUCGGUGGUCUUUCAUUCUAAGUUUCUUAGGAAGUCACCAUCUCGGUUAUCAAUCAAGUGUUUGUAAUAUAUUUUAGACUUUAAUUUUAAACAUGGCAGCUGAAAUGGUUCAAAGUGUCAUUGAAAUAAUGGACUCUGCUCACAAUUAUCGUUAUGAACUUGCAGAAGUUCUGGACGGUAUCAAAAGUUUACAGUAUCAGAUUAAUUGGAGCAGUGAUUCAUCAAAGAAAGCAGUUGAAACACACUUUACCUUGUUGAAAAGUUCCCUUAUAACAGCUCUAGAUAAACGGUUAGAUCAGCUAAAUAAUGAAAUUGAAACCAUUAGGGAAUCUGCAUUAAAACCACUGGAUGAAUGUAAAACAUUAGUUGAUGAAAGUUUGAAAUUGGCAGCUCAAGUGAUGGAUGAAGGUGCAUCUAUUCUAAGCAUUGAUCCAGAAAACAAUGUGGACAAGAUUCUUAAGUUUAAAGAAAAUCCAAUAACAAAAUCAUUGUCCAGUGUUCCAGCUAUACCUAGCCUGGCAGAAGUAGCAUGUGUGAAUGUCAGUCUGUCUCCAGAUUUCCAGAAACAAAUGGAGGCAGUUAUUAGCUUGGAAGGAAAAGUAAUGGCACGAGCACCUGUUCAGAUCAUAGAUGCCAUAGAAAAACCUGGAAGUCUUUUAUUGCAGUGGGCAGAUGAGGCUGAUGAGGAUGUUGAAAUUAAUGAAUUUUGGCUGCAAUAUGCUAUGGGCAGCUACAAAGAUACCAAUGAACCAAAUGCAGUUUUCCAUACAGCUUAUACUGGUAGCUCAACUAGUCACCUUGUCAAGCACCUGCGCACACAAACACCAUACACAUUUAGAGUGUGUGGUAGAGGGGAAGCCAGUACACCUUGGUCAGCAUGGAGUGUGCCUAAAAUAGCUGCCACAACUAUACUCCACUAUCAAUGGGGACCUUCUGAAAACCCAGCAUAUGCUCUAAGUAACGAGAAUAAGACAGCCACUCGCACAUCUAAAGGAUUGACUCAUGUCUUGUAUUCCAACACUGCUAGUUUCAUUCCUGGUAACAUUCUAACCAUCAAGGUGUUGGACGGAGCAGACAAGUCCCCAGGGGAUGGGCUGUGUAUUUGUCUCAAAAACACUGAUAAUGAUCAUUUUGGGCAGGAUGGGGUAGUUUAUGUCAAUUUAUAUGGUUCCAUAUUUGUAGAUGGACAAGAGAAAACAAUGAAACUCCCUGAAAUAAAGAAAGGGUCAGUAGUAUCUUUCCAGGCAGAAGAGCUAUCCAAUGGCAAGGUUAGGGUCAGUAUACAGACUGAGGAUAAAGAGGUGACCUUUGACUGGAAGGUUUUAACCAGCAGUUCAUCUCUGGGCUUAUUGUCUGCCCCUGGAGAUGCUUCUAAUUCCCACAUAGCUUUUUACUUUGGUAUUAAAUUUAGUCAGGAAGAUUGGAAGAUAGCUGUUGAUUGAUUUUAUUUUUACUUAAUUUAAUUUUUAAACAUGCAUUUAUGCUAACUAACAACUUUGACAGUUGUGAAAUUAUUGAUAUUAAUUGUCUCCAAAUGGUUUCAAAUACAGGUUAUAAUUUACUUUGUUUGCAUGGUUGAAUGAAUAAGAUUUAAGAAUUGGAAAUCAAUCCAAGGGAGAUAAUUUUUUUUUAAUAUGUCUGUGUUCCAGUGCCUAUCUAACUACAUUUCCUUUGUUAAUUGUAAAAAAAUUUUACCUGUCAUUGAAAUGAAGUGGUUUUUUUCCACCUGAGUAAUUUCAAGUUUAAAAUUUAAUUGUCUGAUUUUAACUGGUGAUUGUUAUUUUAACAAUUUUCAUUAAAAGUUGUUUUAGAUGAUUAACCCAGCAUUAUUUACAUGUAAUUCUUUUAAUAAAAGAAAAAGCUUC